GAAAGCUGCCGAGGAACGGGAUCAACAGCUCGGUUUACCUACCAAGUCUCAGAGUACUUUGAGUACUUUUGCUCUGACAAAACCAUAAGAUACCGACCAAUUGCGCUGACGAAACUGACUGCUUCGCAGAAGAAAGAAGAACAUAAUCCACAUCCACUGAACAUAAAAAAUGAUUGCAGUCACCAAAGCUGUAACAAUUCUGUUGCUUGUAACGGUCGUCUUCUGUCAACCCUGUCCAAAGAAGUGCCACUGUCGACAAAAGCAAAUGACUUGUUCCAAUCUGUCGGAAUUCCCCGAGUAUAUUCCGGAAAGUACGGAGAAGGUGAUCUUGUGGUACCUUAAGCUAGACGAGAUUCCAUCUGACGCGUUCAGCAGUUUGUCAAACGUGACGAAAAUUGAGAUAUAUAAGUCUGAAAUAAAGUAUCUCAAAGGAUGUACGUUCAGCUUUCUCUCAGAUAUACACUCUUUGACUUUACACAGUGUUCGCGUCCAGGAAAUCCAACCGUUUGCUUUCCAUUCUUUGAGCAAUAUAGAAAAACUCACACUUUACAACGUCACAGUUGACGUCAUUCACCCAAACGCUUUUUUCAAUAUCAGCCUCGUGACAUAUUUCGAAUUCCACAAUGUUUCAGUUAAGCUUUUUGACUCGUACGCUGUCAGGAAGCUACGUGAAAUCGGGGGCUUGAGUGUUUUCAACAGCAACAUCAAAAAGCUAAAAAAUAACGCCUUUUUCGAGUUGGCCACCGUCGAAAGUUUCAGUAUAGGCAAGAACAGAAUCGAGGAGCUCGAGUGUCGUACAGUAGAGAGUCUAUCAAUGACUCUUCCGUCGUUUUUCUUUUACAAUAAUGAGAUGGAAUGUUCUUGUAGUUUGUCCUGGUUGUUACGACACGUUCGAAAUCCAAGAAACCAAUCUCUCAGAUAUACCUUAAAAUCCAACUCGUGCAAAGGACAAAAGAAACGCGUAACGCUCUCAGAUUUGACAGCUUCGGAUUUCAGCUGCGGCCAGGAAACCCUUGGUUAUUGUUUUUCCUCUCCGCCCCCGGUGUCGUCAGCGCCAUGUGCUCAUGUACCUCAGGAGACAAUCACAAAUAGCGCUCACCCGUCGACGUCAGCAGUUUCUUCGAGAGGACAAACCGUUGAUUACAGAUCGCCAUCAACGUCGGAUGGAAGCUUGCAUCUGUCGCCUUCAGUUCGCCCAGACACAACAGCUGAACAUGUAAAUGGCUUGCACAAUUCUGCAUCGCCAACAUCAUUACUGUCUUUCACAACGUCAACUAUUGAACCAACAAGCUUUCCGGUGACUGAUAAAAAGACGACGGUUCCCUCAGCUACCGAUGUCGGUGACAAGAUGAAUCCUGUAAAAGAACAUUACCCUUUCGAAUCGUCGUCAAGAUCAUUAUUGCCUACUGUAAAACUAUUCAGUGAGCCAAUAAGCCCCCCGGUUUCAAAAUCUGAGAGACUGACCACGAUUCCGUCAAUAACAGACGUUAAUGAGAAGUUGUAUCACCAGGACGUUGGCUUCAACUCUACAUCUGCAACAGUUUCUGCAACGCCUCAAUCAGGGGAACGGCCUACCAUAAUGAAUUUGCCCUUAUCAAAAAAAACCAUUGUUGCCGACACAACUGUAAAUGGUAGAGUGGACAGUGGACAGUCUCCUGAAAUGACGCAGAGUGGUGAAGAGAACGCCACGCCAAUUCCUAAAGUGCGCACUCCUAGCGCAACGAGGAACAUUCGAGUGCCCUUGAGUCCCACUUCCGACACCGUCACAGGUGAAACGAAAGCGUCUAGUCCUGCACCCAUAUCAACUAAGGCCAUGACGGUAGGAAGUAGAAGCACAACUGUUGUGUCCAGGCAGGCUGAGUCUGAGUCUGACAGCAAGGAAAGUAGAAUCAUGGACGAUCGACAGGCAUUUGAGAAACACCCAAAGUACGCGGUAAAACCAAGUGGAGGACGAGGAUAACAAGAAUUCAGGGGACGUAACUCUGUCGUCACUGUUGUUCCUGUCUCUAGUGUACGUGCUCAGAUACGUGCUGGUUUAAGACAAUAUAUUAUUUAUAAUAGUAUAAUAUUUGUAAUUUAUCAAUUUUUGCGUUAUUAUGCAGUUGGAUUUAAGUUGCUUAUUAAGUCCGUAUAUUUUAGAUUUGAGCGUUUUCUCGUCAGGGUCGAAUUCCAAGCGAUGCUUAAAUGAUACAAAUUUCAUAUAUAAAUUGACCUACGUACGAAAUUUGUCCAUUCUGAAAAAAAUCCUUAUAAGUUACUUACAGAAUUGAAACAUUUGAGCCACACAAAAGGGGAUGGAUAGAGAGGGAGAGAGAGCGUAAAACACCAAUCAAAUAAAUAAACAAAUAAAUAUGUAACUAUCACACAUCCCAUGUAAACGGACUCGAUCGAGUUUCGCCUUUAGGACCACGGCAUGGCACACCGGGCCUGCAAAGAAGUCUCUGUAUCCAACGCUUAUUUGUCCUCCAGCCAUAUUUCAUUGUGUAGAUAUUUUACAAAAUGAAUCGACAAUGUUUGUGGUCUAUGCACUCAUAUCCUCGCUUAAUUCCCCGGUGACCUUUUGUUGCCUUACAUCCGUCUCUGUACGAUAACUCGCAGGUUUCCCAGUGCGCAUGACGAGGUUCAUUUACUGCAAAGUGUAAUCUGUUCAAUCAUCCACGAGGCAGCUAUGCCUUUUUUUUCUUUACCAGUAUACCAGCUCAUAAAUUUCAGUAUACAUAUAUUAUCAUCUGUAAAUGUACUCUCAUACGAAUAUAUGUGUAAUGGGUAUUAUGUUCGUCCAUACAUAUGUAUGGGGAUCUAAAGAACAGCAAAUAAACAUCGUGUUCAUAAUAAUA